UGCUCAGCACACAGAAACAUGCCUUGACCCAAUGUGCACUUUCACGUUACAGGAAUGGUUGGAAUUUUGCGGACUGUACGCGUUCUGGAUCGUUUGGAAUAAUUUUCCCAAUGGGAUGCGCGUGAGCCAUGGAAUUGCCAGUGAUAUGGAUGUGCUUUGGAUUACUUAUUCGUCUCCCACCGUUUGGAUGCGUGGAUUUGCAUCUAUCGGGGUCCCUCCAGCCUGGCGCGACUCUGGCAAAUGUAUCAGUCGGACCAGACUGGACUUACAGAAUCGACAGGAGUCUGACAGAUAAGUCUUUACGACACUUUGUGAAGCUCGGGAGACGUGAUGGGUUGUUGUCAGUCGCGCGCAAAGUUGACUGCGCUCGUUUACCGAGAAAUCCCGUGCCGUUGUAUUUGCGGAUUAAGUCACUGCUAUCGGACAACUUCAUACUGCUUCAUUUCAACACGUUCGUGCAUGGUCAGAACUGCUUCAUCAAAUACAAAAGAAAAAAUCUUAAUCCAGAUGCCUACAUGUAUCUUUUGACUGGGUAUGAGGCGUGUUUUUCUUUGGACUCGUUACCCAUAAACAUUUACGAACGUUUGCCCGUUUCCAUGCGGAAUUCCCAAAUGUUUCGCGGUAGGUGCGUGGAGAAAGACCAGCGGCGCGUUGUUUCCCUCACAGGCGCGAACCUCUGUUUACCUCACAAGCAGCGAGACACGGCAAAUUUGCUUUGUUUGAUGCCCAACUCACUAAAUAGCUCUUUAUUUGUAGAUGUUAAGUUACACUUGAGCAGAGAACACACUGGCAGGGAAUUAGACCCGUGGGCCAAACGUCAAAAAAGAAACGCGAACUCCGCUCCUCAGUUUCAGCUCCCAAACUAUCAGGUGUCGGUGCCAGAGAACGAGCCCUCAGGAACGCGUGUCAUAACCCUCAAAGCGUUUGACGCGGAUGACGGAGACGCCGGUGUUGUCGAGUACGAUAUGGAAGCUAUUUUUGACAGCCGCUCUAACAAUUUAUUUCAAAUUAACCCCGAGACUGGAGGUAUAACCACUCUCCAACCUCUAGACAGGGAAGUUAAAGACACUCACGUGUUUAAAGUUACUGCCACCGAUAGAGGAACCCCUAAAAGAUCAGCUAUCGCGUACCUCACUAUAACAGUCAGUGAUACUAACGACCACACGCCGGUUUUUGAGCAGAACGAGUAUAGGGUUAGCAUUCGAGAAAAUGUUGAAGUGGGCUUUGAGGUGAUGACUAUUAGGGCUACAGAUGGAGAUGCACCUUCUAAUGCCAAUAUGAUUUAUAAGAUUGUGAAUGAUAAUGAGGUGAACGCUUACUUCGAAAUUGACCCAAGGAAUGGGUUGGUCAAAACCAGAGUCAGACCAGACAGAGAAGUCAAAUCCCAGUAUAGGCUUCUCGUCGAAGCUAACGACCAGGGUCGAGAGCCCGGGCCACGUACAGCCACAGCCACGGUGCACAUUUUUAUAGAGGACGAGAAUGAUAACUACCCUCAGUUCAGUGAGAAGCGAUAUGUAGUUCAAGUUACUGAAAACGUAGCCGUGAACUCUCAAGUGGUUGCGGUGAAGGCUACGGAUAAAGAUGCCGGAAAUAAUGCGAAAGUGCAUUACAGCAUCAUCAAUGGGAAUAUAAAGAAACAGUUUUACAUACACUCCACUACGGGGGUCAUUGAUGUUAUCAGUCCUCUAGAUUAUGAGAUGAUAAGAGAGUACACACUCCGAGUGAAAGCUCAAGAUGGAGGACGGCCGCCUCUUAUUAAUGGUACAGGUAUGGUGGUAAUCCAAGUGUUAGAUGUUAACGAUAACGCACCCAUGUUUGUCAGCACUCCUUUUCAAGCCUCAGUGUUAGAAAAUGUUCCUGUAGGUUACUCUGUGUUACACAUCCAAGCUAUCGAUGCUGAUUCGGGUGACAAUGCUCAUUUGGAGUACAAGCUGACCGAUACAUCACCUAGUUUUCCGUUCAUUAUCAAUAACAACACCGGAUGGAUCACGGUUAGCUCUGAGCUGGACAGGGAGACUACAGAGUUUUACAAUUUUGGCGUUGAGGCCAGAGACCUCGGGGUUCCUACAAUGUCAUCUUCAGCUAGUGUAAGUGUUACUAUACUAGAUGUAAAUGACAAUGUCCCAACCUUCACGCAGCACUUGUAUAACCUAAAAGUCAAUGAGGAUGCAGUCGUAGGUACCAAUGUACUUACAGUCACUGCUGUAGACAGGGAUGUAAACAGCGUGGUCACAUACCAAAUAUCGACUGGGAACACUCGGAACAGGUUUGCCAUCACCAGUCAGAGUGGAGGGGGACUUAUUACUUUAGCUCUACCUCUGGACUACAAGCAAGAACGGCAGUAUCUCCUAACAAUCACCGCCUCGGACGGUACUCGCCAUGACACAGCUCAAAUCUCCAUUAAUGUGACUGAUGCCAACACCCAUCGGCCAGUAUUUCAAAGUGCCAACUACCAGGUUUUAGUGAGCGAGGACCGUCCCGUUGGCUCCACCGUCGUGGUCAUCAGCGCCACCGAUGAAGACACUGGCGAAAACGCCCGCAUCACUUAUGUAAUGGAGGACAACGUGCCACAGUUCAAAAUUGAUCCUGACACUGGUGCCAUCGUGACUCAAAUUGAGAUUGACUACGAAGAUCAGGCCUCCUACACACUAGCCAUUAUUGCCCGAGACAACGGCAUCCCCCAGAAAUCAGACACAACCUACGUAGAGAUCAUCGUUCUUGAUGCCAACGACAACGCACCCCACUUCCUCCGGGACAUCUACCAGGGAACGGUGUUUGAGGAUGCACCGGUAUACACAAGUGUACUCCAGGUAUCUGCUUCAGACAGAGACUCUGGCUCUAAUGGUCGACUCAGCUACACUUUUCAGGGAGGAGAUGAUGGAGAGGGGGACUUUUUUAUCGAGCCAUAUUCUGGGAUCAUCAGAACGGCCCGCAAGCUGGAUCGGGAAAACGUUGCGUUGUAUAGCCUCAAGGCGUUUGCGGUGGACAAAGGAGUGCCCCCUCUCAAGGCAGCUGUGAACAUUCAUGUGUCCGUGCUGGACAUAAAUGACAAUGCCCCUGUGUUUGAAAAGGACGAAUUGUACUUUUACGUGGAGGAAAACAGUGCAGUAGGAUCCACUCUGGCCCGUGUAAGUGCCACAGACCCAGAUGAAGGUACCAACGCCCAAAUCCUGUACCAGAUUGUAGAGGGCAAUAUUCCUGAAGUCUUCCAGCUCGACAUCUUUAGCGGAGAUCUAAUCGCCCUUACUGACUUAGACUUUGAGGCCAAGAUGGAGUAUGUGAUAGUGGUCCAGGCCACUUCGGCCCCACUUGUCAGCCGGGCCACUGUACACAUCCUCCUAGUAGAUGUCAACGACAACGUCCCAGUUCUACAGGAUUUUGAGAUCCUUUUCAACAACUACAUCACCAAUAAGUCCAGCAGCUUUCCCACAGGAGUUAUCGGGAAGGUGCCUGCUCGUGAUCCAGAUGUGUCCGACAAGCUCCUCUACACGUUUGUUGAGGGGAAUGAGCUCAACCUGCUGAUUCUCAAUCAAGACACUGGGGAGCUAAAGCUGAGCAAGGACUUGGAUAACAACAGGCCGCUUGAGGCUACAAUGAGGGUGACGGUUUCAGGUGAGACUCACGUGAUAACACAUUAUUUAGCCUGUUUCACUAGUCCAUUAUUUGGCCAAAGCAUCACGGUUCGUCUGGAGAACAUGUCUCAAGAGCGUUUCCUUUCCCCUCUGCUGUCUCUCUUCACCGAAGGCAUAGCAGCAGUCUUGUCCACCAGUCCUGACGGUGUCUUCGUCUUCAAUGUCCAAAACGACACAGACGUUAGCGGCAGCAUCCUCAACGUCACUUUCUCGGCUCUGCUCCCGGGUGGAGCUCCGGGACGUUAUUUCCCGUCAGAGGAGCUUCAGGAACAGCUGUAUCUGAACCGUACGUUGUUGACUCUGAUCUCGACUCAGCGCGUCCUGCCCUUCGAUGAUAACAUCUGUUUGCGGGAGCCCUGUGAGAACUACAUGAAGUGCGUAGCUGUUCUGAAGUUUGACAGUACGGCUCCCUUUGUGGCGUCCAACACGGUUCUCUUCAGGCCCAUACACCCCAUGAAUGGUUUACGCUGUCGAUGUCCUGACGGUUUCACUGGAGACUACUGCGAGACGGAGGUGGACCUUUGUUACUCAGGUCCGUGUCAGAACAAUGGGAAGUGCCGCAGCCGAGAGGGAGGAUACACCUGUGAGUGCCCACAAGAUUUUACAGGAGAGCGCUGUGAGGUGAAUGCACGUUCAGGCCGGUGUGUUCCUGGUGUGUGUAAGAACGGAGGCAGGUGUGUGGACCUGCUGGUGGGAGGUUUUCUGUGUCAGUGUCCUGAUGGCGAGUAUGAGAAACCCUACUGUGAGAUAACCACACGCAGCUUCCCGGGCCAGUCCUUCAUCACCUUCAGAGGCCUGAGGCAGAGAUUCCACUUCACCCUCUCCUUUACGUUUGCUACAAGAGAGAGAAACGCCUUGCUCCUAUAUAACGGCAGGUUUAAUGAAAGGCAUGAUUUCAUUGCGAUUGAAAUUAUUGAAGAGCAAAUCCAGCUGACCUUCUCUGCUGGAGAAACUAAAACAACAGUGACUCCAUUCGUAGCUGGUGGGGUUAGUGAUGGACAGUGGCACAGAGUACAUCUGCAUUACUACAACAAGCCCAAUAUAGGGCGUCUUGGCGUCCCUCACGGCCCCUCUGAGGAAAAGGUUGCUGUGGUUGCUGUCGAUGAGUGUGAUGUGGCCAUGGCUCUACGUUUCGGGGGACAGAUCGGGAACUACAGCUGUGCAGCCCGUGGCACACAAACAGGCCAAAAGAAGUCAUUGGAUCUAACAGGACCUCUGCUCCUGGGUGGCGUCCCAAACCUGCCUGAAGAUUUCCCUGUACAGAACCGAGACUUUGUUGGCUGCAUUAGGAACCUCACUAUUGACAGCAAGUCCAUAGACAUGGCCAGUUUUAUUGCCAACAACGGCACCUUAGCAGGUUGUGCAGCAAAAUAUGACUUCUGUAGCCAGGCUGUUUGUCAGAACGGAGGCGUAUGUGUGAAUAGAUGGAACACCCACACCUGUAACUGUCCAUUAGGCUAUGGAGGAAAGAACUGUGAACAUGCGCAGACAAAAGACUCUGAAUCAAUCUGA